AGGAAAGAACUAAAAUAAAUAUAUAUAUAUAUAUAUUUUUUUUUAAAAUAGUGAAAAAUGGCCAGCGAAAUUAAGAAAAAAGCUUUCUGGAGAGCAGUAAUAGCCGAAUUUUUAGCAAUGAUAAUUUUUGUUUUUAUUAGCAUUGGUGCUGCUCUCGGGUUUAAUUUCCCUGUUGCACAGAGCCAAAAUGCUACCCGGACACAAGACAUUGUAAAGGUGUCCCUGGCUUUUGGGCUAUCGAUUGCUACCAUGGCUCAAAGCGUUGGCCACAUUAGCGGCGCUCACCUGAAUCCUGCUGUGACACUUGGUUGCCUGCUGAGCUGUCAGAUUAGCAUCCUCAAGGCUGUCAUGUAUAUCAUUGCCCAGUGCCUGGGUGCGGUGGUGGCCACAGCAAUCCUAUCCGGCAUCACGUCUGAAGUCAGAGACAACUCGCUGGGUCUGAAUGGGCCCAGUGGUGGCGUGUCAGCAGGACAAGCUCUGGGAGUUGAAAUCAUUAUCACCUUCCAGUUGGUGCUCUGCGUCGUGGCUGUCACAGACAAACGUAGGACUGAUAUUACAGGAUCCAUACCCCUCGCCAUAGGUCUAUCGGUGGCCUUGGGACAUCUGAUUGCAAUUGAUUACACUGGCUGUGGAAUGAACCCAGCACGAUCCUUCGGUUCUGCUGUAAUUUCAAGAAACUUUUCACAUCACUGGAUAUUUUGGGUUGGACCCAUGAUUGGAGGUGCAGCAGCCGCCAUUAUAUAUGACUUUAUCUUGGCCCCAAGGACAAGUGACUUCACAGAUCGCAUUAAAGUCUGGACCAGGGGCGUGGAAGAGUAUGAUCUGGAUGGAGAUGACAAUGCACGGGUUGAAAUGAAACCAAAAUAAAAUUGAAAUGGAAAUCUAAAUUGAAAAGAAAAUAGAGAUGUCAGUAUUAUGGACUUAUUUGUAAAAAAAAACAAAAAACUUUUUUUGGGGCGGUGGCGUGGGGGGAGGGGGUUGGAAUGAACUCUUUAUCACAAUUUCCUUUAAAUGUCCUGUUGUGCCUUUGCAGUUUGUACUCUAAUAUGAAAAUUACACACAUUAAGUUCAUCCCGUUUAACCAUUUUGGUGCCAGAGACUUGAAUUUUCUUUGUGUCCCAGACUUACUUGCCUCUUUGAUACUGCAAUGGUUAAAAAGGCAUUUUAUAUUUAAAUAAACAAAUCUUUCUUGCCAGUAGUAACCCUUUUGUUUGUACCCAGAUAAUAUUACUGCUUUUGGUUUGAUUAAAUCAAGCUUGCACAUCAUUAACAUUGGCAUUAUAAUUAAUGAUAUAUACAUUUACUGUUAAAAAUUGACAUUUUUGGCAAAUCAUGGUGGGAACCACAAAUGUUGCGUUUUGUAGCUGUUAAAUAAUGCACUUAGAUGGCAUAUGGUGAUUUGAAUAAUGGAGGAUUUUGGAACAACUGCAAUCGCCAUUUAAGUGCAAGCGCACCUGCCAUCAUCAAGGCAAACUAAUUACCCCUAACAAGAACACACAUGGUAUAGGUUACUGCACAGUGACUAGGCCUAUUAAUACAAAUGUAACUAAAACUACAGGAAUUAGCCUGCGAGCUCAUGCGAUUCUUGUUAAUUAGAUUGUAUGGAUUCCUGAGAAUACCCCUCUCUGUCUCAUUAGAAACAUUUCCUCUGAGCUGAAAACAGCAAGGUGAAUCGGUGCUGUAGGUAGGACUUAGCUUAGCGUUUUGCCUUGAUGGUGGGAGGGGAGCUUACACUUUAAUAGCAAUUGCAGUAGCACUCACAUUCUCUGUCAUUUAAAUCACAGUAGGGACUGGGGAUUGUUUCCUGAUCACCUGUGUGGUAUUGUGUUUUUUUGAUACAUUUGGGCUGAUGAAUACUGUUGCCCAGGACAGCAGGUGUGGAUGGUAAAUGAAUUAAAUGGUAUUUUAUUUCUGUAGUUUGGGAAAAGGAUGUGAGAAAAAAUGAAAAAUGUUCCAGCAGGAGGUUCAGCUUGACAGAUAUAUUACAAGCGCAACACGCAACAAAAAUAAAAAAAAUAAGUGGAGGCCGUUAGCGAUGGGGAAUAAGCAAAAACGUUUACUAUUUGUCUGAAAGGGCCAAAUAUGACCAGGCAGAGCGCCUCUGUCUGUCUGUCUGUCUAUCUAUCCAUUCAUUCAUUUUGUUUCUAUUUCUUUUAAUAUAUGGCCUGGAAAACACAGGACUUAAUAUUAAAGUCGAAAACUGUAUUAAAGAAAGAAUAUCAUUAAAAUAUUUUGUCAUUAGGCGGAAGACCCUUUUCCUGCAGGAUUCUCUUGAUGCGAGUUAUCCUGUGUUCAUGCUGCCAGCGGCUCCGAUGCCUUUUUUUUUGUGCUUUCCUUGAAUUUUUACUUUUACAAAUCACUAAUAGUGUCACAGACUCGGAGACACCACUAUGUAUAAAAGAUUCCUGCAGUAAACGACAGCAUCCAAAUCACGCUCUUUUAUUUUAACAAUACUUUAAUCUGUAACCCCUUAAGGACACAUGACAUGUGUGACAUGUCAUGAUUCCCUUUUAUUCCAGAAGUUUGGUUCUUAAGGGGUUAAACAUUAUUCAUUCCAGUUUGGACAUUGUAUAAAGAAAGUAUCUCACUUACACAUGCACUUAUACCUACACUGUCUAAUUACACUAAGACUAAACACUUUAUUACCCGUUUAGAGAUAUCAAUAUAUAUAUAUUUGCUUAGCUGUAUUACUGUUAUUAUGAAAUAUUCAGUAUUGUAAAUACAUUUUUGAAUGCAUUCUAAAUAAAAUAAGCUUGUACUAACA